UGUAAGACACUGCCAGAUGAAAGUUGUUGUGCAACACGUGAAUUCCCGGCGGAAAGGCGAGUCGCGAGUGUCACAAGCUCCCUGGCGACCUUUCACCAGCCUUGCCACAGGUCCAUUCAGCCUAAAGAGCCGACAGGGUGCGGAGAAACAACACGUGGUGUUUUCGGUUGUCACUGGGUGAAGGGGUCUGUGCUUUUAUGAAGAGACAGAACAUCAGGACCAUAUUGGGAGCUUUUACUUUCUUUUUCCAGUUUCAGUCACGUGACCGCUCUUGCAUUAAGAUUCCCCUUCAUUGGAAUUAAGAGGUCCAAACCUGUUCCAGCAUGACAAUGCCCCUGUGCACAAAGCAAGCUCCAUGAAGACAUGGUUUGCCAAGGCCUGAAUGGAAGAACUCAAGUGACCUGCAGAGAGCCCUGACCUCAACCCCACUGAACAUUUACGGAGAGCGGAGUGUUUUAAAAGUGUCAUUAUGCCAUGGCGUCUCUGGGCGCCUCCUUCGUUCAAAUCAAAUUCGAUGACAUCCACUUCUACGAGAACUGUGGCGGCGGGAGCUUUGGCAGUGUGUACCGUGCCCGCUGGAUCUCACAGGACAAAGAGGUGGCGGUGAAAAAGCUGCUGAAGAUUGAGAAAGAGGCGGAGAUCUUGAGUGUACUCAGCCAUCGAAAUAUCAUCCAGUUUUAUGGUGCUAUUCUUGAGGCCCCAAACUAUGGAAUCGUCACAGAGUAUGCCAGCGGAGGGUCGUUAUAUGAGUAUCUAUCAAGUGAUGCAAGUGAAGAAAUCAGCAUGAGGCAGAUCAUGACCUGGGCAACAGAGAUAGCUAAAGGAAUGCAUUACUUACAUGCAGAGGCCCCGGUCAAAGUUAUCCACAGGGAUCUCAAGUCCCGAAAUGUGGUCGUGACAGCAGACAAAGUCCUCAAGAUCUGUGAUUUUGGAGCCUCUAAGUUUCAUUCCCACACCACGCACAUGUCUCUGGUGGGAACGUUCCCCUGGAUGGCCCCGGAAGUCAUUCAGAGCCUUCCUGUUUCUGAAACGUGUGAUACAUACUCCUAUGGAGUGGUUCUGUGGGAGAUGCUGACUCGUGAGAUUCCAUUCAAAGGGCUAGAGGGGCUGCAAGUGGCUUGGCUGGUUGUGGAGAAGAAUGAGAGAUUGACUAUUCCCAGCAGCUGUCCUGCCAGUUUUGCAAACCUGAUGAGGAAAUGCUGGGAAACAGAACCAAUGAAAAGACCCUUGUUUAAAGAGAUCCUGUCUACCCUAGAGGCCAUGUGCAAUGACAGCCAGCUCUCAGACCAGUGCAACUCCUUCCUGCAAAACAAAGCAGAAUGGAGGCGGGAGAUCGAGGCGACUCUGGAUCGCUUGAAGAAGCUGGAGAGGGACCUGAGCACUAAAGAGCAGGAGCUGAAGGAGAGAGAGCGCCGCCUGAAGAUGUGGGAGAAGAAACUCAUAGAGCAAUCCAACACUCCGCUGCUCCCGAACCUGGCCAUCCAUGUCUGGACAGAGGAACACGUGUACUUCUGGAUGUCACAGAUUUUCGUAAAAGAAGGCGGGGCAGAGUGUGAGAUGCAGCGCUACGCUGAUGUCUUCAAGAAGAACCACAUCACUGGACGCAGGCUGCUGCUCCUCUCUGAGGCAGAUAUGAGAGAUAUGGGCAUCUCAUCUAAAGGGCAUAUCAUACACCUGAAGGCUGAAAUUGAAAAAUUAACAAAUGAUUACCUGGCUCUGUUCCAUUUCCCUCCGUUAACAAAGGAUGAAUGGGACAGAGCAGAGGAGACAGAAAGCUGGAGGAAGACUGUUAAUCUGGAGCUGGUGUUUGGUUAUCACUGGAAACCAGGAACAGGGCCAGAGGACUGCAAAUGGAAAAUGUACAUGGAGCUUGACGGAGAUGAAGUUGCUUUAACCUACAUCAGAGAUGUCACAUUUAAUGCAAACAGAUCAGAUGUGGAAGUCUCAAAGAUGACCAAGCCACCGUUUGUGAUGGAGAAAUGGAUUGUUGGGAUAUCUGACAAACAGACGGUGGACUGCAUUGUAAAUUAUGAGAAUGAUGUCAGAUCUCCAAAGAGCACAAGGCAUGUGCACUCAGUGCGGUGGAGCUCGGUCAGUGGGGCAGAUGAAAUCAGAAGUGUAGAGCUGCUCAUAGAAACAGCACCAACAAACGGGGAUGGGAACCACAGACGCUGUUCCAAUUCUGGUGUUGAUCCUCAGUGGAUUUCCAGUCUAAGAACAAAGCAGCUCACAAAGGACCUAGCCCAGGAGCGUCACAGUUCCACUUCAAGCAACCACUCAGACAGCAUGACCCUCCCGCAGUUCCUGUCUGUUUAUGGUAAUCAAUCAUCAUAUGCUUCUGCUGUGCGAAAAUCACCCAAUCGCAGUCCACUUUCACGAUGGGCCGACUCCCGAAGCUCCUCUCCUACGCUUUCAACCAAACUCUCCUCAGUCCACCUGGGGUCAAAGGGUAGCAGCCCAUCCAGUACAACUUCAGAGAGCACAUCAGAGAGAGACCGCUCUCAUAGCAGUAGACAUACGUACAGUUAUCAAAGAAAGAGCUCCUGUAACUCUCUAAAUGUCACUGGAGGAGGAGACCGGAGAGUCUUUAGAGGGAGCGGUCAUGCGUAUCAUGGCAGCUCUAGAGGUGGACGACACCGGACCAACUACGUAGUACCACAGAGCCAGUCACAGAUAAUUCCAGGACUGGCCACAGAAACAGCAGGAGAAAAGCAGAAAGAUGAGCUAGAGGAUGCCAAAGCUACAGAAGGAGGAUGGAUUAAAGUAGAGCGCAAGAAGCCUCCAAAACAGGACCAUAAGCAGCAGGACCAAAGACAGCUCAGAGGCCGUUCACGAAAAGGAGUAAGAGGGGGGCGUGGGCGGAGCUAAUGGUUUUUAUGCCUCGCAUAUGUUGACAUGUGGAUUGAGGAAUUAAAUUAUUACACCAAAGAGGGAAAAACAUUUUCACAAGAUGUACAAAUAACAAAACAGCAGAUGGAGUACUGGUAAUGGUAUAAUUGAAACUGCUUGGCAAAAGUUUAUGAAAAGAGGUUUUUUAACUAAUGAUGCCAAUAUUCAGGCAUGCCAUUCUUCUUCUUCUUUUGGCUGCUCCUGAUUUGGGGUCGCCACAGCGGAUCUUUCGUCUCCAUUGUUCCCUGUCUUCCGCAUCCUCCUCUACCACACCUGCCACUUUCAUGUCCUCUCUCACCACAUCCAUGUAUCUCCUCUUUGGCCUUCCUCGUUUUCGUGUGCCUGGCAGCUCCAUCCUCAACAUUCUCCUUCCCACAUGCUCUGCAUCUCUUCUCAGGAUGUGCCCGUACCAUCUCAGUCUCAUCUCUCUUAGCUUAAUUCCCAAGCUCUCCACAUGUGCUGUCCCUCUGAUGUGCUCGUUCCUUAUCCUGUCCAACCUCCCAUCGCAAACCUUAACAUCCUCAACUCUGCCACCUCCGACUUUGCCUCCUGUCUCUUCGUUAAGGGUACGGUCUCCAAUCCAUACAUCACAGCUGGUCUCACUACUGUCUUAUACAUCUUACCUUCCACUUUUGCUGGGACUUUCCGAUCACAAAUGACUCCCGAAAUCCUUCUCCAACUGCUCCAGCCUGCCUGCACUCGCUUUCUCACCUCACUAUCGCAGCCCCCAUUUUCCUGCACAGUUGACCCCAGGUACUUGAAUUCACCAACUUUCUUUACGUCUACUCCUUGUAUCUUCACGACACUCUCAUCCCCAUUCUCACUGAUGCACAUGUAUUCUGUUUUGCUACUGCUCACCUUCGCAGGCAUGCCAUUCAAAGGGGAAAAAAAUCACAGAUUAAACACAGAAAAGAAACUUUUCAGCGCACAAUUGCUUGAUCUAACCAAAAACCUCAACUUAACACUUCCUGACACAAUCUUAUUCUACAGUAUAGAUGACAAAGCUGUGAAUGUUAACAACACAACUUUUACCAGUGGUUUUCAGACUGGGGUCUGUGAGCCAGUGAAGAGGUUCCAUAUUUAUUGUUCACCUUUUUAUGAAAUACUACAUUUUAGCAAAAUCACCCAAGGAUGACAGCUAUGGAAUCUGGAUGUGGGGCUGUGUCUGAAAUGUAUUUAAAGAUUAAAAACAAUUUUGUACUGUAUGUACUGUGUGUUACAAUCAAAUGUAUUGAAAGUCUUUUGUGGUUGGGAAUAUAAUCACUGCCUUAGACCUUAGAACAGGCCAAGGGCCUAACUGUUUUCAAAUUUUUAACUAAUAUUUGUAUGACUCUUGUCUUGAAUCCUCAUGCCCCCAUAUGUUUCCAGCUUGUGACAAGGGUCUCUUCUACAAGACACUCCAGAAAUAUGAAUGUUUCAGUACUCUACUAAUAUUGUUCAGGAUUUGAAUUAUAUAACUGUUGACACGUGUGCGCAUGCACACACACACACACACACACACCACUACUAGAUUAAUUAAGGUUUUUUUGCCUCAUGUUUCGGACUGUUGCGUUUUGUUAUAAUAUUUUUAUAUAAUUUUUUGUCAACUAUUUCAUAUUGUCAAAAUAAAAAUGGUUUUAAAAUGA